AACUACCCUUGUCCCUUGGCCCCAAAAUCUAUCUGUCUCUGAAUCCUCCUCCUUGGCAAAGUAAUAACAACGAUAACAAUAAAGACAAAAAAACUUUACCUGAUUUAUUAUUUCUUUCUCUUUUUAUUUUCCUUCUUCUUCGUCUCUCCUCCAUUAAACCAAUUUAUUAUAAUAACAAUACUGCUUAUAUUCAUGAACGCAUUGAAGAAGGCAGAGAGAGAGAGAGAGAGAGAACCAAAAAAAAAAAGUUACGUUUUUUGAAGCAUGGCUUCACGUGAUGACAUCUUCCUCGACCAAGAACUUCGAGUAAAGAUACUCAGAAAGUAAGUGAGAACUGACAGAGAAAAAUUUAAUACUUCUUCUUCUUCUUCUUCUUCUUCUUCUUCCUCAUGCUCACAACCAGACGAGUUCCUUCCUUUCCUAUCUUGACCUUUCCUUUUUUACUUCGAUCGAGAUGAUUUAGCUUAAUGGGGCAGAUCUGGAAAGUGACUAGUAAUGGAAAGUGAUAGCUGUGACGAGAUAUUCAUGGGCAGCUUUUUCUCUUCUUUAAUGGAAACCUUGACUUCCAACUGUAUCAAUUAUUUCUGAGAGCUUAAGGACGGAGAAUAUACCUCACUCUUUCGAUUUCAUUGCUUCAUGGCUUCUUCUUCUUCUUCUUCGAUGACGUCGUCAUUGUUACUAGUAGUCUUUGCAUUUACAGUAUUCUUCUGUUUUGUUACUCCGGCGAGAUCUAGCGACGUCCAAGCUCUACUCACCUUGAAAUCUUCAGUCGAUCCGUCUAAUUCGAUUCCAUGGCGAGGAACAGAUCUCUGCAACUGGCAAGGCGUUAGAGAAUGUAUGAACGGAAGAGUCUCCAAGCUUGUUCUUGAGUUUUUGAAUCUCACCGGCUCACUCGACGACAAGAGUUUGAACCAAUUGGAUCAACUUAGGGUUCUUAGUUUCAAAGCGAACUCUCUCUCCGGUUCAAUCCCUGAUCUUUCCGGUUUAGUCAAUCUCAAAUCGGUUUAUCUCAACGACAACAACUUCUCCGGCGAGUUCCCGGAGUCUCUCACCUCUCUUCACCGGUUGAAAACCAUUGUACUCUCCGGUAACAGUUUGUCCGGUCGAAUCCCUAGCUCGUUGCUCCGUCUCUCUCGGCUCUACACGCUCAAUGUUCAGGACAAUCUCUUCGUUGGUUCAAUCCCUUCUCUUAACCAGACGAGUCUCAGAUACUUCAAUGUAUCUAACAAUCACCUCUCCGGUCAAAUUCCACCGACACGAGCUUUGAAGCAGUUCGAUGAGUCUUCGUUUACCGGAAACGUCGCUCUUUGCGGCGAUCAGAUUCAAAAUCCAUGCGUGAUCUCGCCUGCGCCGUCUGCGAAACCAACUCCGACACCUAAGUCGAAGAAGAACAAAGCGAAGCUAAUCGGGAUUAUAGCCGGAAGUGUCGUCGGCGGAGUACUAAUUCUCAUCUUCCUGUUGACGUUACUUCUCGUUUGCUGGCGGCGGAAGCGACGGAGCGAAGCGCCGAGGGAAGAUAGAAAAGGCAAAGGAAUAGCUGAAGGAGAAGGAGGAGCUACUACAUCUACGGAGGCAGAGAGAGACAUUGAGAGGAAAGACAGAGGAUUCUCUUGGGAAAGAGGCGAAGAAGGAGCAGUGGGGACUCUAGUUUUCCUCGGGAGUGGUGAUUCAGGUGAGACGGUGGUGAGAUACACUAUGGAAGAUCUGCUUAAAGCUUCGGCAGAGACGUUGGGAAGAGGUACAUUGGGGAGCACUUACAAGGCUGUAAUGGAGUCUGGGUUCAUUGUUACUGUGAAGAGGCUCAAGAACGCUAGGUAUCCUCGCAUGGAGGAGUUUAAGAGACAUGUUGAGAUCCUGGGACAGCUCAAACACACAAACCUGGUGCCUCUCAGAGCUUAUUUCCAAGCCAAAGAAGAACGCUUGCUUGUGUAUGACUACUUCCCCAAUGGCAGUCUCUUCACUCUUAUCCACGGAACUAGGGCUUCUGGAAGUGGGAAACCUCUUCACUGGACUUCAUGCUUGAAAAUAGCCGAGGACUUGGCCUCUGCUCUGCUCUACAUUCAUCAGAAUCCUGGCCUGACACAUGGGAACUUGAAAUCGUCCAAUGUCUUGUUAGGUCCUGAUUUUGAGUCUUGCCUCACGGAUUACGGCCUCAGCACUCUCCAUGACCCUGACUCGGUUGAAGAAACAAGCGCAGUCUCUCUCUUUUACAAAGCUCCAGAGUGCAGAGACCCAAGGAAAGCCUCUACACAGCCAGCUGAUGUCUAUAGCUUCGGGGUUCUUCUUCUUGAGCUUCUAACAGGUAGAACACCGUUCCAGGACCUUGUUCAAGAAUACGGGUCAGAUAUCUCUAGAUGGGUGCGUGCAGUGAGAGAGGAAGAGACUGAAUCAGGCGAGGAACCGACUUCUUCAGGCAACGAAGCAUCAGAGGAGAAACUUCAGGCACUUUUAAGUAUUGCAACGGUUUGCGUGACCAUUCAACCAGAAAACAGGCCUGUGAUGAGAGAGGUGCUGAAAAUGGUGAGGGAUGCAAGGGCCGAAGCACCAUUCUCGUCUAACAGUAGCGAGCAUUCGCCAGGGAGAUGGUCGGAUACCGUUCAGAGCUUGCCAAGGGAUGAUCAAGUGAGCAUUUAGAGAACAUUGGCUGGGCCUUCUUCAUUGCUUUCGUAGAAUGACUCGUGUGAUUCUUGAAGUAGGGUUCAUAGUGUAAAGCUUCUUUUUCUUUUGUAACGCCAUUUUGAUUCAUCGACCUUGUAGGACUUGCAUAAGAUAUGUUGACUUGGUCAAUCUGAAAUGUGGCCAUUGAGUUAAUUGGAAGAAUCAGAAGAAUCUUUUUUUU